AUGUUCAAGGGAAUACUAUUGUCUGCUCUUGUCAUCCCUGCUGCUGUUGCAUGGGGUCCUGAUGGUCAUGCUACUGUAGCUGAUGCUGGCAAUAAACUAUUCAACGAGAAUGCUAAUGAGGCUGUGGCUGAGAUAUUGGGCGAAGGCGUCAGGAUGGCCGAUUACGCCAGUUGGCCCGAUAGUGUCCUUCAUGGGCCUGAUAGCUCUGAGUGGGAGUGGUCCUCUGGUUUACAUUUUGCUGAUGUUGAACAGUGUCAUUUUAUCUACUCCCGAGACUGCAAAGAUAACUACUGUGUUGUUGGUGGUAUCAAGAACUAUACCCGUCAAGUGGCGGACACUAGUCUUCCUAUAGAGCAGAGGCAAGUGGCUUUGAAGUUCCUCAUGCACUUCAUGGGUGAUAUUCAUCAACCUCUCCAUGUUGGUCGACAUUCUGACUAUGGUGGAAACACUAUCAAGGUUGAUAUGAAGUUCGCCAACUACGAGUAUGGUGCCCUUCAUCACGCCUGGGACGAGAAGAUGAUUGACCAGUCUCAGGCUAGUCAGUAUGAUGGUGAAUACAUCCAGCAAGACGCCAACUACAGUACCCCGCUCGCCGAGAGGGAGACGUUCUGGGGAAUUACGGUGUCCGAUAUUAUGACAGAGUUGGCUGAAGGAGGCGCCUUCCAUGAUAGAGUUCCGAUGUGGCUCGCUGACUGCGAGACCAACGGCCUGGACGAGUGUGUGAACACCAUGGCUGAGGAGUCGGCAAUCAUUGCUUGUGCUGAUGCUUAUAGACAUCUUGAUGGUGAUGAGAUCGAGUAUGGAGAUGUGCUAUCUAUGGAUUACUACGAUGAUC